UUUGAGCUUAGUCGAAUGACGGAGUUCUGGAUAAUAUCUGUACCUGGGGAGCGGGAUCCAAAUCAGGUGUAUCAGCGUCUUCAAACCACAUUGUCUAAAUAUAAGGAUAUCUGCUCGCAGAUCAACAAAUUCAAUAUUCCUCCUGACUUUAAGGUGGGAACGCUGGAUAUUCUAGUGGGUCUUUCUGAUGAGCUGUCAAAAUUAGAUGUGUAUGCCGAGAGUAUUACCAAGAAAGUUGCCCAGUACAUGGGCGAUGUACUCGAAGAACAAAAACACAAGUUGGAAGACAACUUGACGGUAAAUGGACUUUCUCCUGCCGCGUUCCUCACCAAAUUCCAGUGGGAUUAUGCUAAAUAUCCAGUCAAACAAACGUUAAGUUCACUAUAUGCUAUUAUUUCAGAGCAACUUACUAAAAUAGAUUCUGAUUUAAAAGCAAAGUCUCAGUCAUAUAAUACCUUAAAAGGCUGUCUUCAAAAUCUAGAACGAAAGCAGACGGGUAGUCUCUUAACACGCGAGCUUGGAGAUAUUGUGAAGCGAGAACAAUUUAUUGUUGAUUCGGAAUACCUGACUACUCUAGUUGUUGUUGUUCCAAAGAAUAUGUAUAAUGAUUGGAAAUCUAAUUAUGAAAGAAUGACAGAUAUGGUCGUUCCUAAAUCGUCUGAACUUAUUUUUGAAGAUCAAGAUAAUGGCCUGUGGACUGUUACGCUCUUCAAAAAAAUGACGGAUGAUUUUAAAACUCAGGCUCGUGAAUUUAGGUUUGUUGUACGUGAUUUUACUUAUGAUGAGAAGAAAAUUGAGGAAAGUAGAAAUGAGCUGUCGAAACUUGAGUCCGAUAAAAAAAGACAGUUUGCACCUCUGUUUCGUUGGUUGAAAGUUAAUUUUGGUGAGGCUUUUUCUGCUAUGGUUCAUAUUAAAGCCCUCCGGGUAUUUGUUGAGUCAGUUUUAAGAUAUGGAUUGCCGGUUGACUUUCAAGCGAUACUCCUUGAGCCAAACAAAAAGCAGCAAAAGAAAUUAAGAGAUAUAUUAAAACAACUUUACAACCAUCUGGAUGGAUCGUCUUCAAGCUCCGUCUUAGAUGAAGAUAUGAAUGUUGGGAGUUUCGGGGCUUCAUCGGACUAUUUUCCUUAUGUUUCAUUUAAAGUCGAGCUAAAUAUGAUAGAUGUGCGUUGAUGGUCAGGGAUAAACUAGUUCUGCAGCUCAUUCCAUUGUAUUGAUGUGAUAAUGCAAUCAAUAAAAUGAAAAAAAGCAUAAUAUACUUUAGAAUUUUCUCUUUUUAGCAUUUCUGUCUU